GUGAGAGCACGACGACGACGGUCGGCCGUAACACACGCCGCUCGUGCUCCACGUCGAGUAGGAGAAACGUUUCCUCGCUUCUUCGCUUCGUUCUUUCUAGUCCCUCUUUCUCUCUCUCUCUCCCUGUCCGGCGCGCACAAUCCCGUCGUGCUCCGCGCACGGCUCGUCCGGUGCAACUUCACGAGGUACGCGUCGUCGCCUCCAUUUUCGGUGCUCCGGUGCGCACGUCGUCGCUCGUAAUCGUCGCCGGUACCGCACGCAGGACAUCGUCGUCGUCGGUGUGCACACGCCGCCGAACGUAGAGACACGCAGCGGUGCUAGAGGACGCGUCGCGAAACACACACACGUACGUACGUAUACAUUGUUGUAUGGACACACGCGGCACGGGACGAGACAGUGCGUAACAGUGUAUGUCGGGAGCGCGCGCGACCGUCGAGCGUCAUCGUCAUCCUCGAUCUCACCUCGUAAUACACUCUCGCAGUCUUCGUCCACGUCGUGUCUGGCGCGCGCGCGCGCGCGCGCCUUCCUCGUGCGAACGUUCACGAGUGCGAUGUGAGGGAGAGAGAGAGAGAGAGCGAUAGAGGAUCGCGCGCGGCCAGGACGACACUCGGUCGGGACACAGCAGCAGUGCGGGUGGUGAGAAAGAGACGAUUUCGUGAAGAGCUUCUCGCAGUGGUUCGCGCGGCGCAAAUCGGUGGGUGCGUUCGUCCUUCGCCACGAGGAGCAGGCAGGAGCGGUAGAAGGAGGGAGCCGGAGUUAUACCCCCGAGUGUCAAGAUCAGCUAUGCGUCUCGGUGCGUGAUGGCCAGGCGAGCCUCUCCAGCCAGCGGCGGUGGCUUCCUCUCGACCGGUAGACUCAUGGAUACGUGGAUAUUCUUCCUGUUCGUCGCCAUUGCCGACGUGGCGGCGUCGGUGGAGGUUCACUUCGAGAACAAGGACGGCGGUUUCUUCCUGAAGCACUUGCCGCGCCAGUACUACCCAGCUCGCACGGACUCGGUGCCGGCGACCUCGACGUCGUCGAACACCAACAACAACAGCAACAAUGGCCCGGGCACGGCGCCGUCGCCGCCGCCCGGCUCGGUCCUCUCGAUCGACAAGUUCACCGUCUUCCAGACGAGCGAGCCGGUGUCGGUGAGGGCUACGUACGGGCCCUUCAGCACGAAGCAGACGGUGCCGGCGCGCUACAUAGUCCCCGACCCCCUGGACGCGCUCCCCGGGCCGGAGACGCGGCGCAACCUCACCGCCGCGACGAUCCUCGACGCGCAGGAGCUCGGCGCCCGGCACCUCGACAUGUCGGCCCACCUCGUGGGCAACAGCGUGCCGCGCGACUCCCCGGUGCUCAGGGUGCUCUUCCACGCGGGCAGCGAGGCCGGUGGUAGACGUCAGCUGCUGUUAACGCGGCACCAGCGGGUCUGCGUGGUGCUGCACGCCAGCUUGGCGACUCCGUUGAGGAACAACAACCUCGCCAGCCGGAGCAACGGCCGCGGCGGUUACUCUUCCUCCUCCUCCUCCUCUUCCACGUUGACGGCGGCGUGCAGCCCCGACGGCGAGAACGGCGUGUGCCUCGCGCAGAUCACUAUACCGGCCAAUUGGUGGGUUCCGUUGCCGCCACCCGACUCCUCCGGCCGCGUCAAGGUCCCCAAGAGUCUGCCGCGAUUGAUCCAGGUCGCUUACUCCGUGCUGGAACCGCGUAUGGAGGAGGGGGCCGGCCUUGGCGCCGGUGGCGGCGGCUCAGCUGCCGACGGCUCGGGCUUCUGCCGACCCAGGGUGCAGAUUCAGCCGGUCACUCCCUUGGGUCAAGUGCCGUUGGCGCCGAACAAAGCGGAUUACAAGGAGCUGAGGGCGGACGACCGGCUGACGCUGUUAGUGCCGCACGGCCCGCUCUAUCCGAGGUCCAGGCUGUACGUUCCGGCCUUCCUGCACUCCGACAAGGCGGCGGACCAGCGGCAGGAGCGCUCGUCCCAGUUCAUCGUCGCGGUUUACAUCAGAGUGAAGGUGAGACCGGGCGUGAAGAUCCUGGAGGGCUCGUCCAGCAGCCCGGACUGGAUCGUCGAUAACGACGUCAACGCGAAGAACACGGCGGCGACGUUCACAGUGCGACGCAAGGAGAACGCGUCGCGUGUAUCGAGCUCGUAA